AUGACGUCCUUUACAGAGGCAGCACCCCGUGUUCCCAUUCCCAAAAACGGGGUGGACUACCGGGGCAAGGUCGUUCUCGCUCCCAUGGUCCGCUCUGGAGAAACCCCGUCGCGACUCGUCUCCCUUAAGUACGGCGCAGACUUGGUAUGGGGCCCCGAAACUAUCGACCGUGCCCUGAUUGGCGCACAUCGGCGUGUUAACCCUCGCACUUCGAUGAUCGAAUUCACACGCACCCCGUCGAAUGGCGGCCAGCCAGACAAGCCGACGCAGCAAUCUGUGAUAUACAGGAUUGACCCCGUGCGGGAGAAGGGAAAAUUGAUCUUUCAACUGGGCACUGCAUCCCCGCCAUUGGCUGUGGAAGCUGCAAAGGUUGUUGCCGCUGAUGUCUCUGGAAUAGAUGUGAACUCGGGUUGUCCUAAACCCUUCAGCACUAGCGGAGGCAUGGGCGCCGCACUUCUCCAAACCCCAGACAAACUCGUCUCUAUUCUCGAAGCCCUGGUUGAAGAAGUCGGUAAGCCCUAUGAAGUUGGAAUAUCUGUGAAAAUCCGUCUUUUCUCGGACCCCGAACGGACAGAAUCACUCGUCACACGACUCUGCAAAACCGGUAUAACCGGUCUCACUGUGCAUUGCCGCACGACUCCGAUGCGUCCGCGCGAAGCUGCUAUUCGUCAGCAGCUGCCCAUGAUUGCAUCGAUUUGUCGAAAAGCAGGCGUGGCUUGUGUUAUGAAUGGAGACGUGAAGUCGCGCGAUGAAGCGCUUGAGUUGAUCCGCGAGUACGGCGUCGACGGAGCCAUGAUCGCAACGUCUGCCGAGUCCAACUUUUCCUGUUUCCGAUCCAAAGCCGACGGCGGUCUUGCAUACUGGCGGGAUCUAGUUCGAUCCUACGUUGAGGCAGCACUGCAAUGUGAAAAUAGAUGGGGCAACACAAAAUUCCUGCUCAAUCAAUUGAUUCCAGGUAAAGAAAGGGGCUAUGGGGAAGCGAAAAGAUCCAAAACAUAUGAGGACUGUGUGACUAUACUGGGAUUCGAAGAUCUGAUCUCCAGAGCAGCUCAAGUCGACGAGAUUCUUGGAACAUCCCAGCAGCGCGUACAUGACGCUAGUUCAAAAAGCCCUGCAGUCCUGAAAGCUAUGGAAGAAAACAGCAGUGCAAAGGCUGCUGGCGGCGGUGUACUAGGGAAAUCCAUUAACCUCAAAUACCCUACCCAGCUUAAUAUUGACGGUAGCGGCACUGGCCCUAUUCGCACCAGCCAAACUACCAACAAGCCUGCCUCUGCUUCAGAUGCUACUUCAAAUAUUCCGAGGAGCGUACAUGCGCCCACUGGCCCUUUAAUCGUAUGA